AUGACGAAGCUCUUCCGUCGAACGAAUGAGCCGGUCUCAUCGAGCGGCGCUGAGCCAGCAACGAGCAGAGAGGGGUUCUUCCGCAAGCUGAAGAUUAAAACCAAGGCCCGCAUCUCGCGGAAAGUUGACAAGGCUAUCUCUACUUUUCACCGUAUCUCCACCAAAGUCAACAAAUCGCAAGCCGCCGGUACGGUUGGCAGUAUGGAGCCACAACUUCCCAUCCACCACCAUGACAUACUGAUAUCGGAUAGUCGCGCGGCUGUCGAACUGCAGCGCGACCUUGAAUUUGAUGACCUCGAAGUCCUGCCCGAGAGCAUUGCGCAGGUCGAACGCUCCACGGAAGCCGUGAUGACGCCAUUUCUGCGACCUGCCGAGGUGGAGAAGCAGGUAGGUCCACGGCCAGACUGGCAGGACGCCGAACCAGAGGAUUGGAAAACGCCAGCCCCAUCCAGUAAACCUACUGAUCCGUGGCUUCAGCCCACACUGGAAUCGAUUCUCGGAAUCGUGGAUAUGCCGCAUGGGUGCCUUGCCCUGGCUGCCCCUCGCUGGCCGACGGGCAACCGUCUGAAUGGCGACAGUAGGCUCAUCGUCGCGGAGAUACUCCAGGACGACGGUAUCGUCAAGGGACGAGACCCUGGAAUCUAUAUGGGUGACGUUGAUGACCCGUAUUGUAGUUGUCCCGGGUGUGAUCCUGAUCUAUUACCACCAGUGCGUCAGGCUUUCCUCAGGGGCCCCACUCCUUAUCCUCGGAUUGAGCUGGCCUCCCUAGACUUCUCCAGUAUUGGUAUGAGCUGGAUGGGAGCCAAGUCUAGCUGUAGUACCGUGGAGGUGAAGCCGAUCCCACAGCAGGCGCUGAGGGACGAAUGGAGAGAGCUUCAGCAAGCGGAGCUUGCUCACUCCAGUUCCAGCUCCAGCUCGGACGAAGACGAGGAUGAAGAUGAAGAUGAUGAUGAAGAUGAAGAUGAAGAUGAAGAUGAAGAUGAAGAUGAAGAUGAAGAUGAAGAUGAAGAUGAAGAUGAGCAUGAGCAUGAGUCCGACAAUGAGAGCUCGGUAGAACGACUAACCCGCGCGCAGGCGUACUGGGACUCCUGGAGAAAGCGAGCUGCUGCUCUAGUGUUCCGGAAUCCUGAAAGCUUCGCGAAUAGUUCUAAGAACGGCUCAUCGACAACCUUCAUCGGAACCGCCGACGAGGUGUACGAGCCGCAGCAGUCUGACCAAUGCACGGCAAGUGUUGGAUGCAGGGAAGCUAACGAGGUACCGGCGCAAAAUGACAGCGGGUCUGUCACUUCUUCUGGCGAGAGCACCCCGUUCGAUUGCCGAUCGUUCAGGGAUAUCGAAACCUUCCUUGAUGGCCUCUGUGCACUGUCACCGACGCCUUCACUUGAUCCCACUCCUCCGGUUAGUCCAGGACUUCGAUACACACAGAAGGGCUUGGUUGACGAUAGCCUUCCUCAACCCACGCCGUCACCGGAGCCAGAAUACUGGGACAGGCGCAAAUCCAUAGACUUCUUGUACGGACCAAGCUUCUUGGAUGACUCUGACGAUGAAGAUUCGGAUGAUGACGCCUACUCCAUCGUAUCACGGGUCGAAGGCAACAAGCAGAUGAAUGCUCCCAAUCCAUUCGCAGACUCCGCCGCUGCCACAGCUGGAGAACCUGCCGAGCCGCUCGAAGAUCACUCGCCUCCGGCACCAGUAUUGCGAGCUCCGGUCGCUCGCCGACGUGGUCCUGCGGUUCAAGCUUUGCUCAGGAUAUACGAAGGCGAUAGGUCCAACACCGCCAACACCGAAAAUGAAGAUGCAUCCAAGGAUCCCUUUUCAGGUUUUUCGGGAGUAACAAACGCGGGCCAUGUCGAACAGUUCCGGCCUCCGGUAUAG